AUGACUGAUGCGUUGUGCAAGGAAGGUGAAUUGCAGAAGAUUGUUGACACGCUGGAUCGGAUAAUGCGGAGGAGUACUUUCCGUUCUCCUUCUAUGAUCGUGAAUUGUAGUUUGAUGUUGAGGAUUUUGGAUAGGGGAAGCUUGACGGAAUCGGAGAGUGAUGUCGUGGUUUUGUUGAAGAGGCUGUUACAGAAGAAUUUGCUUCACGAGUCCGUUGUGUGGUCUCUGGUUCUGCAUGCGAAGGUUGCGUUUGGGGAUUUGGAUUCCGCGUGGGGAUUGUAUGGGGAGAUGGUGAGAAAAGGGUUUGAGCCAAACGCGUUUGUUUACACGUCCUUUGUUGGAGCAUUUUGCAGAGAUGGGAGAGUUGAGGAGGCUAUUGGUUUGGUGCGUGAAAUGGAGGGGAAGGGGCUGAGGCCAUACGGUGGUGGAGAGGCUGUGGAGAGGAAGGGUAAAGUGGAGGAAAGCGAAUGGAAUGUUGAGUUGUUGAUGGAUAAAGGGUUUUUGCCGGCGGAUGAUGUACCUUUCUCUGUGAUGCAGGGUUAUGCUAGAAAGGAGGAGGUUCAGGAGGUUUUGAAGUUGUAUUAUGAAAUGGAGUACAGACGUGUGAAUCCAGGGUUGUCGGUUUUCGCGACUGUUGUUCGGUGUUUGUCUCGUUGUGGAAAGGUUGAACAUGCUGAGAGGUAUUUGAGGGUUAUGAAAGAGCGGUUGGUGGCUCUGGAUGCGAGUGUGUAUGAGGAAUUGAUUGAUGGCUACAUCAAGAAGGGCGAUACUGCUAGGGCCCUUUACCUUCGUGAGGAAAUGGCUUCUUUGGAGUUGUAA